AUGUUCGAAAAGCUCAGGAAAAUAUUCAAAAACGGCAAAGACAGAGAAAUUGACAAUGAUUCCGGCAAGUCCAGCAAAGGAAAUUCCGGCAAGAGGCGGCAAAGUUUGAUCGAAAGGGUCAGAAAGUCGAUUAUUCCCGAUGAUAUGGACUUGACUUUUUCGAGUCUGAAACGAGCAAGCCAGCUGGACACGAAACGCCGCUCAACUAGAAAAACUCAAGAAACGAAGCACGUGACCCUUUCAAAGCAGAAAGUCGACCAAAUUCUCGACAAGGAACCGCGCGUUUCUCAGUAUUUAAAAGUCGAACCAUGCAAUCGAAGAAAAGGAAGCAACUCGAGAAUUUGGGCAGUUUCGGAACAAAAGGACCACGAUGCGAAAGUAAGAAGGCAAUUUAAGCACGUCCCGAUUGAAGAAAAUAUUCAAGAGUCGAGCCAAAGUGAUUCGCUGCGAAAAAUCUCCACCUCCCCAGCUUUGAUCCGUGCUCAAGAAUCUCGUUCCUCGACCAGAAGUCUCCAAAACCGAAUCGCCGAAAAAGUGCUCCGACAAAUAGAACUCGUUAUUAAUAAACUUUGCUUUAUUCGAUAUUUUUUUGGCAAAAUAUGA